GGAACACCCAGCCACUAGAGAGCCAUUAUCUCGAUUAGUGAGCAAACAGUUGAAGCACAAUGAAAGCUCUGCCAGCUCCGUGCAGCUCAUGGAUCCUGUGGGCCGUCUUCUCCUGCUUCGGUUCCGUCUCCGGAGGACAGCCAGUCACAGUGGAAAAGCUAGUGUUUGCCCGCACUGGGGAGCCAACUGAGCUCACCUGCGAUUACCGCACUCAGCCGGGCCCGGGAUUCACCGUGGAGUGGCGCCAUGCCGCGAUGGGGACGCCUGCCAUAGAGGCCCGCAGGGUGCUCUACUACAACGGGAAGGUAUACUGGGUUGAAUCCUGGGAGAACCGGGGAGUGCUGGUCCAGAACCCACCUGUUCAAGGCUCCGCCUCCAUUCGCAUCUUCAGCGUGCAGCCAUCUGAUGCAGGGCUGUACAUCUGCGACAUCACCAACCCCAACGACUGGGCGGGAAGUGGCCCGGGGCUGGUCAACUUUACAGUACUCAUGCCUCCAUCCACACCGACGUGCUCCGUGAAUGGAGAGGCCUACCCAGGAAAUGACAUCACGCUUAUGUGCCUCAGUUCCCAUGCUGUUCCUGCCCCUACCUACACCUGGAGCCGUGAGAAGAACGCCAUCCAGCUGCCACUGCAAAACAUGGUAGAAGACCAGCAGACAGGCUCCCUGAUCUUGCGCAAUCUCUCAGCACCCUUCUCAGGCACCUACACCUGCAGGGCCUCCAACGAGCUAGGGGGCGCCAUCUGCACCGUAGUGCUCAGCGUCAGCUACAACAGCAGUGCAAUGGUUGCUGGUAUUGCUGUGAUUGUCACCUUCGUCAUCCUCCUCCUCCUCGGGGCAGUGAUGGGCUACUUCCUGUGGUACAAGAAGAGAAAUCGCAAAAGCACCGAGGAGGGCCACAACCCAAGAGAUCCACGGGAGUCUGCUUCAGCCACUCCAUUAACACGGAGCCCUGGGGACCGGCCGCCCCACCAUUCGGGGGACGGGGAGGAUCACCUCAUCCCAACAAAGCCCAGCAUCCUGGUAUAGAGGAAGGAGGGCAUGCAACUCGCCAUUCCUGAUGAGUUUUUUCAAAAAUUCUUCAUGAAUCAGUCACAUAUCAUUAAUGGCUGGUACCAAUGUAAAAAAAAAAAAAAUUUAAAAUUAUACUGCACUGGAUGACAGAGUGCAAAAUUAGCAAGGUAAUAAAAUCGGCUGUAAUCGUCUGAGCAUACAGCCAUAUGGCUCUGCCCAUCGCAUGACGUCUCGCACACAAACCUGUGGCAGAGCUUCUAAGCAGAUUACUUUGACCGAUUAUGUUUGAUUUGCUUGUUGUAAAUGAGACAGACCGCAGUAAUGCAAUUGCAAUCAGAAGCUGCAGCGAGAAAACCAGGAUGUUGUGUUUUUGUGAGUUUUUAAUGCUGUUUUCCAGAUGCUGGUAACAAAAGUAUGAAUAAAGAUCAUACUUAAUUGA